AUGGGAGAAACCGGUAUCAAUGUUCCUUACCCACGAAACUUAAACCCUACGGCUCAAGAGUUCACCCCAACAAAUCCCGUUCCUCUCUCCGUCGCCGUCGGAGUUCCCUAUCCCUACCCUCACUUCGCCGUCACACCUCCGCCGAACCUCUCCACCUUACCCACCCGUUCCGUCCUCCUCAGCCCCGUCCCUCCCACUACUGAAUCCGACCUCCGGAAAGAUCUCCAAGCCUUUGGUGAAGUCAGAGCUAUCCAAACCGAUUCCUUCCGUUACGGAAUCGUGACGGCUCAUUUCUACGACCUCAGACACGCACAGGCGGCGUUCACCGCCAUUCGCACUCACCACGUCCACUGUGUUUCGUUUUUUAACCCAAUGUCUCAGCCCCAAUAUCAUCCCGCUCCACCACCUCCCCCGUCGGGGCUCGUCGCCGGUGUGCCACUCUGGGCUCACUACGUCUUCUCUGAUAUUCAGAAUCAAGGAACCCUCGUCGUUUUCAACUUAGACGACGACGUUUCACCUGAAAAACUACGACAAGUUUUCGAGCCUUUUGGAGCCAUAAAGGAAGUGAGGGAAAAUCCAGGGAAGAAAAAGGGUCAAAGAUUCGUCGAGUUUUUCGACAUAAGAGAUGCUGGCAAAGCUUUGAAAGAAAUGAAUGGAAAAGAAUUCCAAGGAAAAUCAAUUGCUAUUGAAUUUAGUAAACCAGGUGGUUACGGAAGAAGAUUCUUCCAUUCAACUAAUCCGAAUCCUAAUGCCUAUAUCUCCACUAAGCCAUUUCAUUUCAACUUUCCUCCUCCUCCACCUCCCUCGCCGCCCCGUCGUUACGGUCCACCGCAAUUCUCUCACAAGAAUUUCAACACUGGUUCAAUGAGUUCAAAUAGUUUGAAUGGGGAUGAAAACAAUUAUUCUCCUAGGAGGAAUUUUGGUAGGGAAUUCAUUGGGGAAAGACCAUGGAAUUGGAAGGGGAAACAGCCUUAUAAGAAUGAGACUCGUUAUAUAAUCAAAGAAGAUGCCAUUGUUGAAUCCGAUUCUAGAACUACUCUCAUGAUCAAAAACAUACCCAACAAGUACAGUCAGAAGCUACUCUUGAACAUGUUGGACAACCACUGUAUACGCUGCAACGAUCAGAUAGGCGACGGCGAUGACAAGCCUCUAUCUUCCUAUGACUUUGUAUAUCUUCCUAUAGAUUUCAAGAACAAGUGCAACGUGGGAUACGGGUUCGUGAAUAUGACAUCUCCGGAAGCUACUCUAAGGUUCUACAAGGCCUUUCAACAGCAACGUUGGGAGGUUUUUAACUCCAGAAAAGUCUGCCACCUUACCUACGCUAGAGUUCAGGGUUUGGAAGCUUUGAAAGAGCAUUUUAAGAACUCAAAGUUCCCGUGUGAGAUGGAGCAUUAUCUGCCGGUGGUGUUUUCACCGCCUCGAGAUGGGAAGCAAUUAACGAAGCCGUUUCCAGUAGUGGGGAGCAUGGUACGAAUGGGUGCUGUAGAUGAUAAGAUGGAGGGUCGAGAUCAUAGGGUGGUGGUAGCAGGUAGCAGUGGUGGCGCUGUUGGUGGUGAUGAUGAUGAUAAAUCAGAUGUGAAGUGA